UGUCAACAAUUAAAAUUUAUGUUCGAUCAUCGUAACUUAGCUGCAAUCUUAAAAUCACCUGUAAUAGAUAGUGAUAAAAACGAAAUUGGUGAUAUAACAGAUGGCUCUGAAUACGUUAGAGUUAACUCUCGUAUUAAUAGAGGACAAUAUGAUUUAACUUUAGUACUAAACACAGAUGGCCUUUCUUUAGUUAACAGUUCUAAAAGUUACUGUUGGCCAUUAAUUUUUGUCAUUGCUGAAUUGCCGGAAUAUUUGAGAAUGUCGUUUAUGGUUAUGAUAGGUCUUUGGUAUGAUGAUACAUGUAAACCGUUAAUGAAUGUAUUUUUACAACCAUUCUGUUCAAAAUUGCGAAACUGUUUCUACAAUGGUAUUUGUUGGACUUAUCCUGAAACUAACGAGCAAAUUAUUUCAAAAAUUGUAGCACCUUUAAUUAUUGCUGAUGCGCCAGCAAGAGUUCAAAUUCAAAAUAUUUUGUCAUUUAAUGGUAAAUAUGGCUGCAAUAUUUGCGAAAUCAAAAUGAAAAAAUGUAAAAAAAUUAGUGGACAAAGAAGCUAUCGUAUAUAUCCCUUUAAAAAAGAAGAUAGUACAUUAAGAAAUGAUUACAGAAUGCGCAAGCAAGCUAACAAAGCGUCACACGACAAUUUGUUGAUUUGUUUUUUAAUCAAAAAGGGCUAUGGAGUAUAA